AAAUGAAAGAUCAAAAGAAUUUUUAAUAGUGGGUUAUUCAUUUGGAUCCUUAAUUGCUAUCGAAUUAGCAAGAUUAUUAGAAGCUAAGAAUUUCAUUGGACGGUUAAUACUUAUAGAUGGAGCACCUGAUUGGAUAAAAUUUUUGAGUAAAAAAUAUUUUAAUCAUACUUCGCAACAAGAAUUGCAAAAUGAUAUUUUACUUCAUCAUCUAAAACUAUAUCUCGAAUCUGACAAUGAAAUGAUUGCGUUAGACCUGAAAAAGUGCAACACAUGGGAGGAAAAAUUAGAACUUAUUACUCGCUUUUCGGAGAUGACUGAUAUGUUAAGUAUUGAAAAUCAAAAACUUUUAUGUACAACGUUUUACGAUCAUAUAAUCGCUGUACAAGAUUAUGAUAUAUCUUCAUUGUCACGCUUAAAAUCAUCUGUAAUAUUAUUAAAACCUACACUUACACCUUUCACUUUUCCUGAAGAGGAUUAUGGUCUACAUAAGGUUACUGAAAGUGCAGUGCAAAUUCAUUACAUAGAAGGUUCUCAUAUCACAAUAAUAGACAAAAUAGCAUCAUUUAUUAACGAAGCAUUCUAAAAUAAAUAGCUCUGUUGAUGUCUCGUCGAACGAAUAUCGAUUAGUUGGAGGAGGUACAGAAAAGGUGAUUCAUGGGUAAAAUGCGGUAUUUUCAUAUAACGGUUUAUUAUAACUAAAUAAUGGAAUAAA